GAAAAAAAAAAAGAACGGCUGCCCAGAUUCCCUAUUCAUCCCGAGUCGGGUGGAGUCCAUGCGUGCUGGAUAUAAAGCGUUUUUUACACGUUUUUGGUUGCUAGAUUUGGCUUUAAACGCGUUCAAGUUCAGGUUUUCUCUUUUGUAUUAUUAUUAAUAACUCCAUUUUUAAUCCUGCCCGACAUGACAACGACGACUACUUUCCAGGGGAUGGACCCUAGCGCAAAAAACAGCUCCAGGGUUUUGCGGCCUCCCGGUGGAGCCUCCAACAUUUGCUUCGGAUCAGACGAGGAAAGACCGGUGCGUAAGAACAGAAUGGCCUCCAACAUCUUCGCCGAGCCCGAGGACCCUCACGCCCAUCGGAGGAACAACCCACCUGGUGGCGAAGCGACCGGAGUGCUGUGUGGUGAACAUUCUGCCCCACUGAGGCGGUGCCACCAACCACCAAUCUACCUAGACAACUCUGAACAUCCAGACAAAUCCAUGGAGGAAAACUACGAGCAAGUAAAUCAUGAUCAGUUUGAGGAAACCGAAGCCCCUGAGGAACAGCCUGAGCAGCAGCAGCAGCAGCAGAAGGAGGUGGAGCAGAAACAGCCCUCUGGUGCCUCCUCUGGACGAAGAAACCCUCCUGGUGGAAAAUCCAGCCUCAUUCUGGGCUGAGCGUGCUCACUGAACUCUCUCUCCAUCCCUUUCUCUCUCCCUCUCUCUCUCUUUAUUUUUUCUUUUUGUUUUUUAAAGAUUCACUUUCUCUUCACUCUUUCACCCUCAUCAUGUGAGCCAUGGGAUGAUUUUUUUUUUUUAUCUUUUUGUCCACUACCACAUGUCUGUAUUAUUGUUUUUCUAUCGCAAAAAAAAAAAAAGAAGAUGAAAGAAAAGCUGGUUGGCAGAAGCACUUUAUGUAAAAGCUCCAUUUCAGCCCAUCGUGAAGAGCGCAGGCCGUGCAGGGGGGACGCAUGGAAGGCAAAGCCAGGAAAAGAUUCGUCGCGCUAAAUUUCUAAAUACAAAAUAAAGAUUGAUAUGAAUUUCA